AUGAUCGAGGCGGUGGACCCGGAGAAGAACUUGAUCAAGUUCAAGGUUAUAGAAGGUGAUCUGAUGAAAGAGUACAAGAGCUUUGCGUUCACGAUCCAGGUGACCCCUAAGCAUGGAGGGUCUGGUAGUAUUGUGCACUGGCACCUUGACUAUGAGAAAAACAGCGAGGAGGUGGCUCACCCUGAAACUCUCGUCCAGUUAUGUAUCGAAAUGUCCAAAGAGAUCGACGAACAUCUCUUGACCGAAGCAUAG